AUGGGGAUAUUAAAUGUUUUUCUUCAGGCCUUCAGUUCUACCUUCUUGUUGGGGGCUCUGACGGUCCUCCUGCUCAUCUAUUUAAUCUCCUCUGCUAGCUUUAGUACCCAGGAUCCCCCAGGACCCAGACCACUUCCCUUGUUUGGGAACUUGCUUCAGAUGAACCUGAAAAGACCCUACAAAACAUUAUUGGAGCUGUCCAAGAAAUAUGGAUCAGUCUUCACUGUCUAUCUUGGACCCCAAAAAGUUGUGGUGCUGGCAGGAUACAAGACAGUGAAGGAGGCACUUGUUGACUAUGAUGAAGUGUUUGGAGACAGAGAUCCAAUUCUAAUUGUGCAUCAAAUAAACCAUGGAAAUGGGGUUUUGUGGUCCAACGGUGAUUCAUGGAAGGAAAUGAGGCGCUUUGCACUGACUAACCUGAGAGACUUUGGGAUGGGCAAGAGAGCAUGUGAGGACAAAAUAAUUGAAGAAUGUCAAUACCUCAUCGAAGUUUUUAAGCAAUUCAAAGGAGAAGCUUUUGAUACAAACCAAAGAUUAUCAUAUGCAGUCUCUAAUAUUAUCUGCUCCAUUGUCUAUGGAAGCAGAUUUGAAUAUAAUGAUCCAGAGUUUACAUCUCUGGUAGAUCGAAUGAGCAGAGGUGCUAAACUUUUGGGUUCUCCUUCAGUACAGAUGUACAACAUGUGUCCAGCGCUGUUGAGUUGGAUUGGUGCCAGGAAGGAACUGCUCAAAAUGUCUGCUACCAGUAGCAAACAAAACCUUGCCAUCUUCAGUCGUUUAAAAGAGACUCUGAACCCACAGAUGUGCAGAGGCUUUGUGGAUGCCUUUCUGCUCCGCAAGCAAACUCUGGAGGAAUCUGGGAUUACCAACAGUCAUUUCCAUGAUGAUAACCUUUUGAUGACAGUAAUGAACCUGUUUGCUGCCGGCACUGAGACAACAUCAACUACACUGAGAUGGGGACUUCUGCUUAUGGCCAAAUAUCCAAAGAUUCAGGAUGAGGUCCAGGAGGAGCUGACGAGAGUCAUAGGAGACCGACAGGUGCAGGUUGCAGACAGGAAAAGCCUGCCCUUCACUGACGCCGUCAUCCAUGAGACACAGAGACUGAUCAGCAUUGUUCCCACUGGAAUUCCUCACAAAACCACUCAAGACAUCAUUUUUCAGGGUCACUCUAUCAAGAAGGAGUGGGAGAGACCACACAGCUUUCAUCCUGCUCACUUCCUGGACAACGAGAAAAAGUUUGUUAAGCGAGAUGCCUUCAUUCCAUUUUCUGCAGGUCGCAGGGUUUGCCUUGGAGAGAGUCUGGCCAGGAUGGAGCUCUUCCUCUUCUUCACCACUCUCCUUCAGCAUUUUCGUUUCACCCCUGCACCUGGAGUUUCAGAGGAUGAAUUAGAUCUGACUCCAGCUGUGGGUUUUACUCUCAGCCCUUUGCCUCAUAAACUGCGAGCUAUUUCCCGUAUGUAA